UCAUCUGAUGAAUCUGUAGCUUGGGGGGAUACUAUCACUCUGUAAAGUCCAUGGACACUUUUUGACGCGAUGCGAAAACUGAUCGUCAGUUUGUAGAUCAUCACACUCUGCACCUGCGUUGUCAGUGGAGAUUAGGGCGCCCUUUGAGCUUGGUCGAAUGCUAGGCGGUGGAGAAGUCAUCGGCGAACUUCAAAUGUCGUGGGAUGAGCUACUUGAUCAUGGAGAUGAGCCAUUUGAUAUAUCCUUCCCACCCGUGUUCGGUGUCAAACCUUCCCUUAAGCUGAAGGCCGCCAUUGUGCAUGCUUGCGACGAUCAGGACGACGCACUGUUUGAUUCCCUCGCAGACUGCGAGAUUGCUCGAGACACAGAUGCGGGCCACGCACAAUUUGCCGCAUAUGUGACGAGCAAGACAGUCUCUCACCUGAACGACGCUGUAAAGCAUUUUCAGUUGGUUCUGGACCAGUGUCCGGUCAGCCAUCCAGACCAUGCAACGGCUCUCACCAACCUCGCGCGGGCCUGCCUUGAAGGCUACAUCCGAAAUGAUGUUGAUGACAUCGAUGCCACCACUUCCCUCUUCCGCGACGCCCUUGCAUUGCGUCCGCAGCCCCAUCCUGAUUAUCCCUUAUCUCUAUAUAAUGUCACCGAAGCGCUGAAUUGGCGUCACGACAAGAAAGGUACUGCUGCCGACAUCCGCGAAGCCGCCCAACUGUAUCAUGAACUACUGCCUCUCUGUCCAGAGGGCACCUACCUUCGUAGCAUCGCGGCAGGGAAGAAUGGUGUCAAUUAUGUGAUCGGCGGAUGCAACAGUCUUCCAAAAGACGCAUCUGAUGAAGGCAUCCAUCUUCGAAGAGUCGUCCUCGAGCUCUGUCCUCUGGGCCAUCAACUCCGUCCGAAAGCCCUCGACAAGCUUGCACAAGCGGUUGAAGAACGCUUUAAUCAGCACGGCAGCAUUGAUGAUCUUGACACAAGCAUACAACUUGGUCGUGAAGCCGUGUCUCUGUGCCCCGAGGGACAUGCUAGCCAUGGUACCUACCUGAACAACUUGGCCUUUUCACUUGCAUUGCGAUUCGAUCAUCAAGGCAAACUGAAUGACCUCGAUGAGGCCAUCUCUUUGCACGAAGGAGCGUUGCGCCUGUAUCCUGUUGGGCACCAAUAUCGUGUUUUCUCAUUGAACAACCUAGGGGGCGUUCUCGUCGAACGUUUCAAUGAACGCGGCGACAUUGAUGACAUCACCCAAGCCAUCAGCCUCUAUCGGGAAGCACUGAUGUUGCGCCCACUUGGGCAUCCACGUCGUGACACCACGCUGCACAACCUGGCGCUCGCGCUCAAAACCAGAUAUGACAAAACGCAUGUUAGCGAGGAUUCCAACGAGGCCAUUGAUUUAUAUCGUGAAUCCCUUCGGUUAAUGCGGCCUGACCAUCCAGGGCGCCAUAAAACUCUUCGCAAUUUGAGCUCGGUGCUCUGCUCUCGUUUCACACAAACUCAGAAGAAUGAAGAUGUCAAGGAGGCCAUUGUUCUUUGCCAAGAAUCAUUGGCGGCUCCAUCUUCAUUGCACCCGGGCAGGUAUUUCAGCUACAUGCAGCUGAAGAAUGCCUAUUUAUCUCAUUACCGGAUUUCACACAACCCUGCUGAUUUGUCGCAUGCAGUGGAGAACUUCAGACUUGCAUCGCGGCACCCCACUCAAGGAUUCCCACAACGGAUUCUGACAGCAUACAAAUGGACCAUUGCUGCGGAGCAGGAUGGUCAUGGAUCUGCAUUAGAGGCAUACAGCACGUGUUUCGACCUUCUUGAUGGUCAUUUGGCAAUGCGAUCAUUGACAAUUUCACGACGUGAAGCUGCUACUGCCUUCAAUGGUGUCAAAUCGCUGCCUGUAGAUGCAGCCUCAUGUGCCAUACGUCAUGACGAUCUGCGACAGGCAGUUGAACUCGCAGAGCGGGGUCAUGGCCAGCAGUGGUCGCUGGCAUCUCGACUCAGGACUCCAGUCGAAGACCUCGAGUCAGCAAAUCCAACACUGGCGCGCAAUUAUUUGGAGCUGAGCAAGCUCAUUUCCAAUGCAGCCCAGAGUUCUUGGCCUUUGUAAGCGUCCAUGUGGAGAUUCGCAUUCUCGUGCUUCGAUACGAGAAUGGACUUGGUCUGUGCGCGCAUUCUCAAAUAAAUCCU